GUUGCUCUUCGGCUUCGUUGCUUAGCAGGAGGUGUAGAGAUUGCGCGAGUCGCUUCUUCGGCUCCUUCGUUGCUGUUCGACUUCGCUCCUUCGACGACUUUCCUUACCUGUUGGAUCGGAAGUUACGACAUUUUGAUCGGAAUCAACUAAGGGAGCUCACUGGCUCUGAAGUAAACUUUCUCCCUUACGCGCGCUUCUUCGGCCAGAUUCCGUAAAUCCGCCGAACUUGAGGAUUUAGUAAAUCCGGGAUUUUUACUGCAAAAAGAGGGAAACAGAGGAUUUAUAACGCCGUGAGAUUUACCGGGCGCUCAAAUCCCGUUUGGCAGGAUUUAGCUCAAAUCCUGCAUAAAUCUUGUUGCCAAACAGCCCCUUAGGAAAUCCGAGAUUUUCGUUUUGUGAGAUUUACGGUAAACUCUCCGGCUACCAAACAGCCCAUAUAAGGCAAAUUAAAGAGCUCCGCUUCUUCUCUACCGAUUGAAUUCCUUCGGAAUUGCAAUAUUUUUAUUCAAGUUUGGGAUGGCGAAGAAGAAGGAGAGGGCGGUUAAUGUCUCGGGUAAGCCUAAGCAUUCGCUUGACGUUAAUCGCAGCAAUGGCGCAUCAGACAAAGGAACUAGGUCUGCUGGCACUGUCCGACGGCUUAAGAUGUACAACACCCGCCCCAAGCGAGACCGUAAGGGAAAGAUCCUCAAGCAUGAGUUACAAUCGAAGGAACUGCCAAACACACGCAUCGAGCCUGACCGCCGCUGGUUCGGUAACACUCGAGUUGUAAAUCAGAAGGAACUUGAAUUCUUUCGUGAGGAGCUUCAAAAUAGGUUAUCAAGCAAUUAUAAUGUCAUUUUAAAGGAGAGGAAGCUGCCACUUUCUCUUCUCAAUGAUCAUCAAAAGCAAGCAAAAGCUCAUCUUUUGGAUACAGAGCCUUUUGAGGAUGCUUUUGGACCCAAGAGGAAACGAAAACGUCCAAGGCUUUUAGCAGCUGACUAUGAAUCAUUGAUUAAGAAGGCUGAUGGAUCCCAAGAUGCCUUUGAGAAGAAAACUUCAGCCAUACCAUCUGGAGUAGAGAAUGAAGAGGAUGGUUUCAGAGACUUGGUGAGGCAUUCAAUGUUUGAGAAGGGUCAGAGUAAACGCAUUUGGGGUGAACUCUACAAAGUUGUUGAUUCUUCAGACGUAGUUGUGCAGGUGUUGGAUGCACGGGAUCCACUUGGCACAAGAUGUCGUCAUUUGGAGAAGCACCUGAAGGAGAAUUGCAAACACAAACACAUGGUUUUUUUGCUUAACAAGUGUGAUUUGAUUCCUGCGUGGGCCACAAAAGGAUGGCUGCGGGCAUUGUCCAAGGAGUAUCCUACUUUGGCAUUCCAUGCAAGCAUAAACAAAUCUUUUGGAAAGGGAUCUCUUCUUUCAGUGCUGCGACAGUUUGCUCGGUUGAAGAGUGAUAAGCAGGCCAUUUCUGUUGGUUUUGUUGGCUAUCCUAAUGUUGGGAAGUCAUCCGUUAUCAACACAUUACGUACAAAGAAUGUUUGCAAAGUGGCUCCCAUUCCAGGAGAAACAAAAGUGUGGCAGUACAUUACACUUACUAAGAGGAUUUUUUUGAUCGAUUGUCCUGGAGUUGUAUAUCACAACAAAGACUCUGAAACUGAUAUUGUCCUGAAGGGCGUGGUAUGAAAGCUUUCCUUUCUAGAAUUUUUUUUGUUCAUCCGUUUUCUUUGUCAUGAAUUAUUAUACUAUUGUUUUGAAUAGUACACAACCAUUUCUUUGAUUGAAACUUAUAAAUCAUUAAUAUUGCUUAA